CCUCCUUUGCCUCUUCACACAAUUUCAAAUUCAAAUUCUUGUCCAAAUUCAAAGGACAGGCCAGACCAGACCAAACCAAGCCAUGUUAUCUCGCAAUUAUGGAACUUGCCUUCUCCUGUUCCUCCUUGUUUCUUCCACCUUGUUUGCUCCUUCCAUGUCUCAGCUUGAUUCUCCUUGGGCAGCUAAGAAGAAACACAUGAGAGAGAAAGUUAGAAAGAUGUUCUAUCAUGCAUAUGAAAACUACAUGGAACAUGCAUUCCCGCAUGAUGAGUUGAAGCCUCUAACCAAAAGCUUCACAGAUUCUCUUAGCGAGCUCGGAAAUUUAAAGCUCGAACACUUACCGGAAAACUAUAAUGGAUCUGCCCUUUCACUUAUUGAAUCAUUGUCCAGCCUUGUUAUAAUGGGAAAUAACACAGAAUUUGAAAGGGCAGUUAAAUGGCUAUCUGAAAACCUGACUUUCGACAUCGAUGCCAGGAUAAAUCUUUUUGAGUGCAACAUAAGAGUUCUUGGAGGACUUAUUUCUGCUCAUAUUCUUGCAACUGAUUCCACAAACAGGUUGGUUCAAGGAUCUUACAAGAACCAGCUGCUUAAUCUUGCUGAAGAUUUGGGGCGGUGCUUUUUACCUGCUUUUUCUACACCAACUGGAUUACCAUAUGCCUGGAUUAACUUAAAGUAUGGAGUAAUGGAGAAUGAGAUUACUGAAACAAGCACAUCAGGGUGUGGUUCUCUGAUUCUUGAAAUGGGAGCAUUGUCACGACUAACGGGUGACCCUAGAUACGAAUCUGCUGCUUUACGUGCUCUGCGUAAAUUAUGGAGCAUGCGCAGUUCAUUAAAUCUACUAGGAACAACACUGGAUGUAACUACUGGAGAAUGGAUUGAAUAUUCAUCUGGCAUUGGUGCUGGAGUUGAUUCAUUCUAUGAGUACCUAUUGAAGGCUUAUAUUCUUUUUGGAAAGGAGGACUAUUGGAGAAUAUUUCAAUCUGCUUAUCUUGCAGUACAGAAGUAUUUCAGACAUGGUCCUUGGUACCAUGAAGCGGAUAUGAGGACAGGAAAAGCAACAUAUUGGCAACUUACAAGUUUGCAAGCGUUUUGGCCCGGUUUACAGGUUCUCGUGGGUGAUAUUGCAGCUGCUAAUUCAUCACACCGUGAGUUCGUUCAUGUGUGGAAGAAAUUUGGAGUUAUACCGGAAAGGUACUUACUGGACCAUCAGAUGUUACAUCCUACUGAGAAGUAUUAUCCCCUGCGGCCUGAGUUGGCAGAGUCCACAUUCUACCUCUAUCAAGCUACCAGAGACCCUUGGUACAUACAAGUUGGUGAAUCAAUUGUCAAUUCUCUUAAUUCAUAUACCAAAGUAGAAGGAGGUUUUGCGAGUGUAAGAGAUGUGACGACCAUGCAAUUAGAAGAUCAUCAACAUAGCUUCUUUCUUGCUGAAACGUGUAAGUAUUUGUAUCUUCUUUUCGAUGAUUCUUUUCUGGUCGAUCAGAAUUAUAUUUUCACAACCGAGGGUCAUCCUCUUCCGAUAUUAAGUUCUUGGCACGAGAGGCUUCCCGAGACAUACAUCCCUACCUAUUGGACUUAUGCAAAGGGUGAACAGCAAACAAGACGUGCAAGUGCGAUGUCUCUACGAGAGUGUCCAGCAAUGGCUUUGAGGCCGGGAUACGGUUUCCAACAGAUCGAGAGUGCAUGCCACAUCCCUGAUUCUCGUGCCGAUCAUAGGUGUUUCGACGACGAGGAAUGUGGAGUUGACUCGACUACAUGUAGAAGAAGAUCAUGCACCAUGGCCGGUUACUGCGGACUGUGGAUCCUAUGAUAACUGAGAACAUAAUCAGGUAUUCUUUCUAGCGAAACAUAAAUGUAAUGAAGAUUACAAAAAGGUUGAUGGAGUUAUAUGUAUGUCCUGAGUUUGUAAACUACCUAUGAAAGAUGAAACAGAAAAAGAAAGCUUAGAAACACGUAGUACUGGCAAG